AGAAAGAGUCAUCAUAUGUUGUGAAAUUAUGCCAUCUGACCUGGUCUUUGUUUCUUUCUUGUAGCGAUAGGGAUUCCCAGAAAAGCUCAUGUUUUUUCAAAGAUAAAGUGUUCCCUGCCUCAAGUGUAUAAAACCCCAUAUGCCAUGAAGAAAGGGCCAAGGCUAAGAAUUUUAUUCCAUUUUUUUUCAUCUCUCUCUUUGAUGAUGGAAUACACUAACAAAACUAGAAGAUCACUUAGAGUUUCCACUCCUUUCUCCUUUUCAUCAUCAUCUUACUCUCCUUCUUUGAUGCCUUCUCCUUCUCUUCCAACUGUUGUUCAAGGUCCUUGCGCCGCCUGCAAAGUCCUCCGCCGUCGAUGCACAGACACAUGCUCUUUAGCUCCAUAUUUUCCACCAAGUGAGCAGCUCAAAUUCGUCAUUGCCCAUAAAGUCUUUGGAGCUAGCAACAUUGUCAAGGCGUUGCAGGAACUUCCUGAGUCCAAAAGAGCAGAUGCUGUGAGCAGCAUGGUAUAUGAAGCAAAUGUGAGAAUUCAUGAUCCAGUUUAUGGUUGUGCUGGUGCAAUCAGUAAGCUUCAGAAACAACUUAAUGAUCUCCAAGCAGAAUUGGCCGUGACCCAAGCUGAGCUACUUAUCAUGCAAUGCCAGCAGCAGCAACAAAAUGACAUCGCAAGCUUCUACGACAGAGAUUUAGGUUCGGAUUAGCAACCUCAUUGUGCAUGAAGAGUUGAUCUUAUUAAGAAAAAAAAAUUGCAAUUAAUUUGUAUAUCUAAGUGGGUGUGAGACUAAUUAAUAAAGACAACAGAAGUGGAAAAUUCUCAAUGAAGAUAAGAUUAGUUGCUUUCUAGGUUGUCUGUCAUAUCAAUGAUUGAGAUCUUGGUGGAGAAGAUUGAAAAGCAAAAGGAGUAGAGAUCAGUGUAUCUUUGGACCAUGUUCUGUAAAUCUUUAAUAUCUAUAACACUUCUUUCGUGUUUGACCAAAUUUA